UCAACUCAUCAUACACUAUAGAGUUGGCACUGGAUCAGUUGUGAAUUGUACUCUACUUAUUAAUUAUGAUCUCAUGAAGAAUAUGGAGGUGUUUUGGUGCAUUGGAAAUAUGUAGAGGAAAUUCGCCUGAAAAGAGAGAGAAGACGAGAUGAAAAGCUGACCUCAACUAACCAUUCAGCACUAUCGCCAUACUUCAGAAUGGAGGAGGCGGCUUUGUAAGGGGAAAUGAGGAGAAAUGUGAAGCAGAGCUGCAGUUUUUUGAGUUCACAGGAACCGAGGGGGAGAAAGGCAGAGAUGACAGUCGUACGAGUGGCCUUGUGCUUCCUGAUGAUCCUAAACAUCUUUAAAGAUAUUAGAGUGAAUGCAGACAUGGUGGAUGUUUGUGCCUCUUGUCAUCGAAAUGCCACCUGUGAUGAUAAAACUGACGGAUCAGGAGGGAAAGUCUGCAACUGCAUGUAUGGAUUUGUCGGCAAUGGGAGGACUUAUUGCCAAGAUAAAGACGAAUGUCAGCUGGGUAAAAUCUGUGGCGAUCACACCAAAUGCCACAACACACACGGCAGCUACUUCUGCACCUGUCUCAGUGGAUACAGCCCGUCCAAUCAAAUGAACACAUUCAUUCCCAAUGAUGGGACGUACUGCCAUGAUAUUGAUGAGUGCAUUGUUCAGGGGGUCUGUGGAGAAGGAGGACUCUGUCAGAACACAGAAGGAGACUUUACCUGCUCCUGUCAGAUGGGUUAUAAUGUCCAGGACGGAUCUGAACCCUUUAAUCCAAACCGGGAUGCAGCUCACUGCAAGGUGAUUGACUGUGGGUCUCCUCCAGCCAUCCUGCAUGCUGAUCUGCUCUCCUCCACAGUCUACACGCACUACAGCAGUGAGCUCCAGUACGGCUGCAGAGAUGGCUUUCAGUGGAGGAGAGGAAUGAACUCAUCUGUCUGCGGCCUGGAUGGAAAAUGGCACGGGCCCAGUCUGGUCUGUGAAGAAGUGGACUGUGGAGAGCCUCAUAUUUUUCCUCAGUCAGAACUAAUGUGGAAUAACAUCUCUCGGAUGGGGUCUUUGGCGCUGUAUGUGUGUAAGCCACAGUUUUAUAACUGUGGACGUGAGAAUGUGUCAGUGUGUUCUGCUCAGGGCACGUGGAGCCGUCCUGACUUCCAGUGUGCAGAGGUAGAAUGCGGUUCUCCUGCUGUCCUGCCGCACUCAGUGUUAUUGUGGAGCGGUGUCAGUAAGAUCGGUUCUGUGGCUCUGUAUGACUGUGAUGUCGGAUAUCACAGUUCGCAUACAGAAAAUAAGUCUGUGUGUAAAUCAGACGGUCAGUGGAGUAAGCCAGACUACUCUUGUGAAGAGAUUGUGUGUGGUGAGCCUCAUAUUCUGCCACUCACUGUGCAGAUAUGGGAUGGCAGAGUCACGUUUAACAGCACUGUAACAUAUCACUGCCAACACGGUUACUAUCCUAAACAAGGACAAAAUAUAUCUGUGUGUGCUGAGAACGGUUACUGGACUAAAGCUACUCUGUUGUGUGAAGAAGUGCAUUGUGGAUUACCGCCUUCUCUCCCACUCGCGGUUAUGAUAUGGAGAGGAGACACUAAAGUUGGAUCUAGUGUGUCUUAUAAGUGCAUUGAGGGAUUUCGUAAUGUUAGGAAAGGAGAAACAUCGGUUUGCGAUUCAGAGGGAAUCUGGAGUCUGCCUGAUUUUCUCUGUCAAGAAGUAGACUGUGGCGUCCCCAUCUCUCUGCCUCAUUCAGUUCUGUUGUGGAAUAACAGCUCCAGUCUGGGCUCCGUGGCCCUCUAUGUGUGUCAAGCUGGAUUUCACACUGUGGGUGAAGGAAACGUGUCUCUGUGUCGUUCAGACGCAAAAUGGAGCAGUCUUAACAUGAGAUGUGAAGAGAUCAACUGUGGGCCUCCUCCAGAAUUCCCACUCACAGAUUUAGACUGGAACAAAGCAUCUACACUGGGAAGUGUGGUUCAGUAUAAAUGUAUAUCUGGACUCAAACAGGAGGGUGACAAAAACACAACGACAUGCAAAUCAGACGGAACAUGGGAAAAAGUGUCUGUAAUGUGUUCAGCACACUGUGGUCCUGCGCCAGAGCACGGAAAAGACUAUUUCAUAAUCCUGCGCACCGUGUGUCAGUGGAGAAAGUCAAGAACACAGUCCUGCAUAAUCUGGGCUAAAACCAGAGGAACGUCCUACAUCAUGAAGAUAUCUGCUCUGGUGACUGUUGGAUUGAUUAGUGCUGUCGGCUCAGUCAUUGUCUUGGGAUACUGGUACAGCUGGUACUGUAAAAAGUCCAGUCCCAGGCAUUUUUCUCAAGUUUUAUAAAAACAUCUUAACAUACUGAUACCUUUGUUUUUAAAAUAAAUAAUAAUGAUUGUCUUGUCAUAAUCAUGAAUCAUGUUGUCUUUUUUUAUCUGAAAAGUCCUGAUUCUCAGAUUAUAUCUGUAGUAGGUGUAGAUGCAAUAUCUGUAUUUUUGUUUAAGUGAAAGAAAUUACUUCUUACAUCUGUCCUCUAGAUGGCAGUGCACUACCAUUGUUUUUUUCAUAGCAGAAACCAAGUGAAAUAUUGUGUCUGGUGAA